AUGUGGACGGACAAGCAGCGAGGUAUUCGAAUGUCUCAGCAGGAGCUCAUGUGCAAGAACUCCUGUGGUUACUAUGGAAACCCCGCGUGGAAGGGCUUCUGCUCCAAGUGCUGGAGGGAGCGAGCGCGGCCCGCCGAAGCCCACCGACAGGACGCCAGAGUUACCGGUGAUGGCACGCCACCGACCUUCUCCAAGUUUGAGGAGAAGAAGAAUAUGGAGAAGGGUCGUCGUAUCAACACUAUGAGACGACUGUUCUGGGGCAGCCCAUCUCCUCCUAAGUCAGAACCUUCAGACAGUCAGAUAAAUGUGCUAAAAGCCUUUCGGAAGCUGGAACCUGGUGACUUCACUGGUUUCCUCAAGACAUUGCGCAGCCCGUCCUCCCAGCGUCUGCAGUCCCGUUGCACAGCUUUCCUCAACACAAUGGAGGCCUACCAUGAUCUGCCGAUACAGAAGCACUCGGAUCUCGUGCAAGACUUCUACCAGUCAUUUGCUGACUAUUUCAGUAGUUUUUCAGAUGCCGAGCUCACUCAGACGAUGGAGCACGUGGAGAAGCUCAUCAUGACGCGCUUGCACAAGUGGGUCUUCUGCCAUGACAGCUGUGAUGACGAGCAGAAAGACCUGACACUGCAAAGAAGGAUACGUUCUUUAAACUGGGUCACACCGCAAAUGCUUGGCGUACCUUUCCCUGAAGUGCAGAAUGCCAUCACCGGCGACCCUUUUCUUCCCGCCAUAACAGCCAUUAUUGAGAUGGACGCCAAGCGGGCGCCUCAGGACAAGCUGGUGUGCGUGUCUAAAUGCAGCCAGCACGUUUUUGAAGCACUGUCAGUCUCCAACAGUGAGCCGGCCAACGCCGAUGACUUCCUAUCCGCCUUGGUAUACGUGGUGCUGAAGGCAAACCCACCUCGCCUACACUCAAACAUGCAAUACGUCAUCCGCUUUGGGCUCCCGCACAGCCUCAUGGCUGGAGAGAGCGGCUAUUACUUCACCAACUUGUCCUGCGCCGUGGCCUUUAUUGAAAAACUUGACGGCCCGGCGCUCAACCUUAGCCAGGAAGAGUUUGACGGCUACAUGCGGCGUCGCCAGGCCCCGGCGGCAGGAGGUGGGCGGCAGGACAUCGCCUGUGAGACGCACCGCCUCCUGGAUGAGCUGACGGCACGCCAGGAGCGACUGGACCGUGGCGUGGGUGACCUCAACGUGCAGCUGCGGACAUGGGUGCAAGCCGUUCAUACUCAGAUAGACCAGGCCACGUCCCAGCUUACAAUGGUACAAGAGGAAUUGAAGGAUCUCUCUUCAUCAUCACCAUCAUCUUCCUACCCUGAUUCAACUGUCAGCGAGCAGCUGGUGCUUACGGAUCAACAUGCAGGGCCUCAAGAUUCAGACUGUUAA